CGCACAAAAACAUCCCCCAAUCCGUCAGUCGCGCGAGGAGGAAAAAAAGGCGUCAGAGCGCUCCGAUCGGGAAAGAAAAAAGUUGCGAUUUUUCGCCUGUCAGUUUUUUGUCGGAAGUCUUUUGGUUGCGCAGGAAGCAAAACCCACGUCCCAGCAGCAGGAUGAACGUCGAGGAGGAAGUGUUCAAGAUCCAGAAGCGGCUCGGCAAGAUGACCUCGUCGGAUGGGUCGGGCCAGGAGCAGGCGCUCGACUUGCUGCGCGAGCUGCAGCGGCUCAACAUCGAUCUGGACAUCCUGACGAAGACGCGCAUCGGAAUGACGGUGAACGAGCUGCGCAAGUGCAGCAAGGACGACGAGGUGAUCAGUUUAGCCAAGUCGCUGAUCAAAAGCUGGAAGCGUUUCCUAGCGGCGACCCCACCCUCCAAGGAGUCCUCGAAGGAAUCGUCGAAAUCAUCGAGCAAGUCGUCGAGCAAGAGCAGCAGCGGGGGAAAGGGGGACGACCGCAAGAAGGAAGCGGAGAAGGAAAAGGAGAAGGAGAGGAAGCCAACACAGACUAGCUUUCCGCCGUCGAGCAACACGACCGAUGCGGUGCGUCUCAAGUGCCGCGAGAUGCUGGCGAGUGCGAUUCGGGUUGAUGGUGAACCGCCCGAGGGUUGCCAGACGCCGGAGGAGUUGGCUGAUGAGCUGGAGGAGGCGAUUUUCUGCGAGUUUAGAAACACGGACAUGAAGUACAAGAAUCGCGUUCGUUCACGCGUGGCUAAUUUGAAGGAUUUGAAAAAUCCCAGCUUGAGGUCUAACUACAUCAACGGAGCGAUUACGGCGCAACGGUUGGCCAAAAUGACGCCGGAGGAGAUGGCCAGCGACGAGAUGAAGAACCUGCGCGAUCGGUUUGUGAAGGAGGCGAUCAACGACGCCCAGCUGGCGACGAACCAGGGCACCAAGACGGACCUGCUCAAGUGCGGCAAGUGUAAGAAGCGCAACUGUACGUACAAUCAGCUGCAGACGAGAAGCUCCGAUGAACCUAUGACGACGUUUGUGCUGUGCAACGAGUGCGGCAAUCGCUGGAAGUUCUGCUAAGUGCGGUUUUGAAUAUCCAGAAGAAAACAAAUCACAAAAAUCCUUGAAAAAUUCCUAAACAUUACCAACGAAAGUGCACGGCCACACCAAACUCAACUCUCACCCAACCAGCCACGUGUGCUGCGUGCGUGUACACACCCAGAAUUGAUUCACCCUGCUGCUGACACAAACAAACACAACGUACCGAAUGUCGCGAUACGUUACCCGCGUUAAAGUCCCGAAUUUGCCCCUCCCCUGAGUUCUCACAUUGCGUGUGCUAAAUUGGAACAUUAGUCGGCAAACAAAAACAGUAGCGGAACAAUCCGCUAAACAAUUCACCGAUACAAAUUGUGCGUGGUUCGAUUGACACCGAUAUGAUAAUUUAAUAACUAUGUAAAAGUAAUAAAAACCUGCCUAGUGUGUAACGAAAAAUAUAAAAAAACUGAUAAAAAUAA